CUCUUUCAUUCAUUGUAAUUUAUAUAAUAUGAAGUAUCUCGCAGCCUACCUUCUUCUUGUUUCCGGUGGUAAGACCCAACCCACUGCCGCUGACGUCAAGGCCAUCAUGGCCUCUGUUGGUGUUGAAGCCGAGGAGGAACGUUUAACCUCUUUGAUCUCUGCCCUUAAGGGUAAGAACGUUGACGAGCUCGUCGCUGAAGGUUUGGAGAAGAUGUCUUCCGUCCCCACUGGUGGUGCCGCUGCUGCCUCUGGUGCCGCUGCCGCUACCUCUGAUGCUCCCGCUGCUGAGGAGAAGGAAGAAGAAAAGGAAGAGUCUGAUGACGAUAUGGGUUUCGGUCUUUUCGAUUAAACCACUAAAUUUGUUUCCAAAUAAAACUUUACGUCUUAAUACUUCUAAAACAAA